AUGUUCGGCAGAAUGCUAGAGACUGUUGUCACAGUACAGUUAUCUCGUUUCUGGCUGAAUCUCACCUUGCAGUUUCAGCAGUCUGGUGUGGAUGUUUUGCCUGGGGUUGACUGUGUGCCAAGCAUGAUGGUGGUGCAGAAACAUGCAGAUGCGGUAAAUGCAAUUCUCCAGACAAGGGGCAAAACCGUUCAGGGCAAGGACGCUUGCUGGAAGGUUAUGAAAUGCCACUGGGGCAAACACCCGGACAGCCACACGGAAACAGCAGCCAACCGAAUGAUGCUGCCCGGGUUGAGCCCCAUGGGUGGGGUGCUGGGCAGCGGGGACCCCGUGAUCCAAGGCCUGCUGCCAACGGCUCAAUACAUGCUGCCAUCGCCCAUGACUUCGCAGCAGAUAAUGAUGGCUAACCAAUUCAUGGGCCAGGGACCAAUGUCGCCUGGCGGAAUGUCGGGCAUGGGCGUGCGAGGCCGGGGAACCCCACGGCUGGGUGGGGUGUCCACGCCGCUUGUGGGCACGCCGGGUGGGUACUACCCAGGCAUGUAUUAUUCAUCGUAG